AUGGAUCCGGUGGUAGAAGAGCAAGAAACCACAAUGUUCAAUCCUAUAACGUUGACUCUAAGUUUCCUCUCUUCAUACGGCUGGUAUAUUGUCGGAGCGAGUGCCGUUAUCAUGUAUGCAAUGAAUCAGUUGAGGCCUCGUUUAGACAAAUGGAGGGAGGCCCAAGAAGAUGCUCGGUAUCACAAAGAUUCGGAUCUCGGUGCUGCCAGGAGGCGAGCUGAACAAGAGGCCAGAGAAAAACAACAGAGAGCGUUGGAGGAAGCUUCUAGAAGAGCAGCGGAGGAAAAAAAACUGCGUGAGGAACGGAAGAAAGCCGAGGCUCUGGAACGACUUCAGAAAUAUGGAAGUGAUUUAGGAGUUGGCAGGACAUUGAGAGAUGAUGGUUAG